AUGGCUGCCCCCACGGAGCCCAGAGAAACAGCAGGAAAAGAACCCCCUGGCCCCAGGAAAAAGAACCUGCAUUUCCUGCGGCCCCGACUCUACAUGCUGGAGAGGAGGAAGACAGACACAAUGGUGGAGGGCAGUGUGACCGGGGAGCGUGCGGGACCCCUGAGGAGAAGCCAGUCGGACCGCAGCGAGUACAGCCAGAAGCUGCAAGAGAAGAUGACCCCACAGGCCGAGUGCUGUGCAGCCACAACCCCCAGCCGAGAUGAGGAGCACCGCACACAGAGAAUGAUGGCAAAGCGGCUGAGAAUCAUCGCAGAGCUGAUCCAGACGGAGAGAGACUACGUCAAGGACCUGGAGCUCUGUGUCAGCCAAGUGGUGCAGCCCCUGAGAGACAAGCAGGUUGACGGGCUAGACGUGGACAGCCUGUUCAGCAACAUCGAGUCAGUGCAUCAGAUCUCAGCCAAGCUGCUGGCACUGCUAGAGGAAGCUACAGCCAAUGUGGAACCAGCCAUGCAAGUCAUUGGGGAGGUCUUCUUACAGAUUAAAGGGCCACUGGAAGAAGCCUACAAGAUCUACUGUUAUCACCACGACGAAGCACACGGAGUGUUGGAGGCCUAUGAAAGGGAAGAGGCACUGAGGCAGCAUCUGGGCCACUGCCUACAGUCCUUAAAGAAAAUAUACAUGCAAGAAGGCAAGCCCAACUUACUGGACAUGGGCUCCCUGAUGAUCAAACCCAUCCAGCGUGUGAUGAAGUACCCCCUGCUGCUGUGCGAGCUCCGGAACUCCACCCCAGCCUCACACCCCGACUUUAGAGCCCUGGAGGAUGCCUUUGCGGCAGUGAAGGACAUCAACGUGAACAUCAACGAGCUGAAGCGAAGGAAAGACUUAGUCCUGAAAUACAGGAAGAAUGAUGAGGAUGAGUCGCUCAAGGACAAAUUGUCUAAGCUGAAUAUCCACUCAAUUAGCAAGAAAUCGAAAAGAGUGACAAAUCACCUAAGGCUUCUUACCAGGGGCGAGUCCCAGGUGAAAGAUAAUACAUUCAACAGAGAGGAGAAGCUCUUUCGAUCUUUAGAAAAGACUGUGAGGCUCUGUGUGAAGAACACAUCCUCCUGUUUCCAGCACACACAGGAGGCCAUGCCACUCGCUCUGCAAAUAGUGAUGGAGCUCCAGGCGCUCUCAUGCAGCAACAAGGAGGAAGAAGAGGAGGAGGAGGAGAAGGAGGAGAGAGUGAAGGAGAAAGAGGCAAAGCAGGGGUCUGUGGAGGUCCCUGGCCAUGCACCCAGCCCCUGGAUUGACUUUGCAGCCCAGUGUCAGCGGCUGGUCCUCACCCCACUGUCAGCGCUGCUCGCCCUCUUCCCAGGGCCCCAGAAGCUCAUCCAGAAGCGCUAUGACAAGCUGCUGGAUUAUACCAGCACGCGGUUGCGGGCACCGGGCAACCAGCCCGACCUAGCCCGGAAGGAGUAUGAGGCUCUCAAUGCGCAGCUGCUGGAGGAGCUGCCGGUGUUCAACCGUGCUGCCCGAACCGUCCUGCUCAACUGUCUUCACAGCCUCCUGGGCCUCCUGCAGGAGCUGGCGAGGCUGGCACAGCAGGCAUACUCGGCCUCACUACCCGGCCCACCAUCAGCCUCGAGCUCACCUGACAUCCAGAAUCGAGUCCUAGAGGAGGUUCAAACUCUGAGUUUUGUCAAGGACAACAAUGCCACCUUCAUUGAGAGGAAGCUUAGUUUUGAGAAGAAGAAACCACUGCCAGCUCUGCCGGAAACGCCCCGUCAGACAGACACGCACCGCUCCAAGCUCCUGGCCACCUAUGCAUUGGAAGAGCUUUACCAAGCCAAGCGGAAGUGCAACGCCUCCCAAGAGUGUGAUAUCAACCUUCUGGAAGGGGACCUGGUGGCCGUUAUGGAGCAGAGGGACCCACUGGGCAGCACCAGCAGGUGGCUGGUUGACACUGGCACUGUGAAAGGCUACGUGUACUCCUCCUUUCUGAAGCCCUACAACCCGUCCAGAGGGCGCCGGGUGGAUGACAGCAGGUUCUGCGAUGAUGACUUCGAGGACAUCAGCCUGUUUGUGUCAUCGAGGCCGGCCAGUGAGAGCAUGAUGGGCACCCCAGAAGGCAGCAGCAUCAGUGACAGCAGCUCCUCACUCAGCAGCACGUGCGGGAAGUGUGAGACCAAUGGCACAGACCCGAUGGGCUUCCAGGAAGCAGAGGGACAGAUUUUCUAUGCAGUUCAUGCCUUCGAAGCCCGGAGUGACCAUGAACUCAGCCUUCAGGAAUACCAAAGAGUCCACAUCCUUCGGUUCUGCGACCUAAGCGGCAAUAAGGAAUGGUGGUUGGCUGAAGCUCAGGGGCACACGGGCUACGUGCCUGCCAAUUACCUCGGGAAGAUGACCUAUGCCUGA